AUGAAAACACUGAUGGAUGGACCAGUGGGUUUUUAUCAACUUGUGUACAUGAGCAUUCUGUCUACAGCUUGUUGCAGUUUGCCUGAAAGAUUUCUGGGAGGUCCACCUAGCAAUCUACAAAUGAAGUCUAACAAUUUUCAGCACAUUUUGUCCUGGCAGGCAAAAACUGAUUCAACUGUGCAAACAUACUAUCGUGUGGUGUAUACUGAUGGCAGUAACUGGAAGACUGCUAAACAAUGUUCAAAUAUUACACAACUCUCCUGUGAUCUGACAGAUGAUUUUAAUCAUGUUCACACUGAGUACGCUGCACGGGUUCAGAGCUUCAUAGGAACUGAAGUAUUUAAUUCUUCUGUACUUCGUUUUAUGCCAUAUUAUGACACAUACCUGGGACCACCAGAAGUUAAUAUCAGUUCCUGUCUAAACUGCAUAAAUGUCACAGUAAAGCUGCCACCCUCUCACUUCAGAGAAAAUGGAAAGCUGCUAUCUUUAAUUCAUAUAUAUGAGGUGCUUGAUUAUGUUAUAACAGUGAAAACACAUGAUGGAGAGCAUAAGAGACCACUUGAGAAAACCACUGAAGAAAUUUUUAGCACUGUCAUUGAAGAAUUGUAUCCAAAUCAAAAUUACUGUGUGUCUGUUAGUGUCACUGCAUCCCUAAACAAACAUUCCAACUCAUCAGCCUGGAAAUGUAUAGCCGUAGACUCUGUAGCUCAACAAGAUUAUCAAACAGUUGCAAUUGCAGGUGCUGUGUGCUUUUCACUCAUAUUAGCUAGUGCCCUGAAGUGUAUGCAUGCAGGAGGAUUUAUUCUUCUAGAUAAAUCACUUCCACAGACUUUGGUAUUCAUCAGGACACUAGCCUAUUCACCUUGGUCUUCUGAACUUGAAAAUAUAGCCACUGUAGAGACCAUUUACAAAGAGGUCAAAAAAAAGGCAAAGGAAUCCAGCAGCAGUGCCAGUAACGAAGAUGACAGCGAUGACAGUGACAGCGAUGCCGUAAGCAAUCAUGACUACACCAGGCGUGAUAUCAUAAGCAGAGUACCUCGUUCCUCUGGCACGCCCGAUGCGCUUGUGCAGUACUCCACCAACAGUGCAUGUGAUGACAGCAGCAGCCAGGCAAGUGAAAAGCCAGACUCCAACCCUGAAGAUUUUGAAGAGCAUGAGACAGACAUUGAAGAAGACAAGGACAGGAGUAGUGAGUUACUUAGUCCUUUCUCUGAGGUAAAUUGUAACUAUUCUUCUAGGCAAAGUAACAGUGCUUGCUUUACCAUUAACUUAAAAACUGUGCUGCUGGGAACCUCUGAAGAGAACGUGGAUAGUUCUGCAGCUCUUCUUUCUUCCCAAGAAGAUGCAGUUGACUGGGAAUGUACUCAUGCUUUUGAAGCAAAGCUCCCAGAUGACACGAAGAAUAUGCAGAAACCACACUGUCAUAACGGCUCUCAUGAAUGGCAAAAUGUCUCUCACUCAUCUGAUGAAAGUGAUUCAUCAGAUUCAGAGACGGACCAAAAAACUGAAUACAUAAGAAGGUGA